AUGACUAUUUCACAAGCAUUGAAAGAAAGAAUAAGAUACGCACCUUAUUUAGCCAAAGUGAGAGAACCACAUGAAUUGGUCUCUUUGUUUAAGAAUGGCCAAUACCUUGGUUGGUCUGGCUUUACUGGUGUUGGUACACCAAAGGCAGUUCCGCAAGCAAUAAUUAGUCAUGUUGAAAAAAAUAAUCUACAAGGUAAAUUGAGAUUCAAUCUUUUUGUGGGAGCUUCAGCUGGUCCAGAGGAAGAAGCAUGGGCCAAUCAUGAUAUGAUUAUUAAGAGAGCUCCACAUCAAGUUGGAAAACCGAUUGCAAAAGCAAUCAAUGCAGGAAGGAUCAACUUUUUUGAUAAGCACCUUUCCAUGUUCCCACAGGAUUUGACAUAUGGCUUCUAUACGAGAGAAAGAACGGACGGUAAGAUCUUGGAUUAUAUGAUUAUAGAAGCCACAGCAAUAAAGGAGGAUGGGUCAAUCGUCCCAGGGCCCUCGGUAGGUGGCUCUCCUGAGUUUAUCAGUGUUGCUGAUAAAGUUAUAGUAGAAGUUAAUACUGCCACACCAUCUUUUGAGGGCUUACACGAUAUUGAUAUGCCAGUAAAUCCUCCUUACAGGAAACCAUACCCUUAUGUUAAGGUAAAUGAUAAAUGUGGUGUUGAUUCGAUUCCAGUGGACCCUGAAAAAGUGAUUGCAAUUGUUGAAUCUACAACAAGAGAUAAAGUUCCCCCUAAUUCACCCAGUGACGAAAUGUCCAGAGGUAUUGCCUCUCAUCUAGUGGAAUUUUUCAGAAAUGAAGUCAAUCAUGGUAGGUUACCUGAAACUUUGUUACCUUUGCAAAGUGGUAUCGGUAAUAUUGCUAAUGCCGUCAUCGAAGGUUUGGCUACAGCAAAUUUUAAACAUCUAAAUGUGUGGACAGAAGUUUUGCAAGAUUCCUUCUUAGAUUUGUUUGAAAAUGGUUCUUUAGAUUAUGCUACAGCAACUUCGAUCAGAUUAACUGAAAACGGUUUCAAAAGAGUCUUCAACAAUUGGGAUUCAUUCAAAAGUAAACUUUGUCUAAGAUCUCAAGUUGUUUCUAAUAAUCCAGAGCUAAUCCGUCGUUUGGGCGUAAUUGCGAUGAAUACACCGGUAGAGGUAGAUAUCUACGCACAUGCGAACUCUACAAAUGUUAAUGGUUCUAGGAUGUUAAAUGGUCUUGGUGGGUCAGCCGACUUUUUAAGAAAUGCAAAGAUUUCCAUUAUGCAUGCACCAUCAGCAAGACCAACGAAGAUCGACCCGACGGGAAUUUCCUCAAUUGUGCCAAUGGUUCCUCAUGUCGACCAAACAGAACACGAUCUUGAUGUCAUAGUAACGGAACAAGGCCUGGCAGAUUUAAGAGGAUUGUCACCAAAAGAAAGAGCUCGCGAAAUAAUAAAACAAUGUGCCCAUCCUGAUUAUAAAGAUCUUUUGAUUGAAUAUGUACAAAGGUCUGAACAUUAUUGUGAGAAGAAAAAUAGUCUACACGAGCCACAUAUGUUGAAAAAUGCAUUUAAAUUCCACACCAAUUUGAUGGAAAAAGGGACAAUGAAGAUUGAAGGCUGGGACCCCAUUGAUUAA